CUUCGCAUCACGCAUCCGGUUCCAAGUCAAACACUGAGCAGGAUUCUGGUGUCGGGGUAUUGAUAGUCCGCGGUAUCCCACCUUACCCGCUUCCCCCCUCACAGAUAACGGUAUUGUAUUGCUUUUCUUGCUCGUGUUGUUGGUUGUUGGUUGCGAGCGUGGGUGGGCGGAUUCGGGUAGGCUUCCGGCUCCGUGUCCCUCAUGGAGAUGUGGUUGGUUUAGGUAGCACUUGCACCAGGAAGCCAAAAAGAAAGAGGGGAAAGGAAAGGAAAGGAAGACAGCACGCAUUCGACAAGUUCAUCACACUGCCUGUGUUUCGAGCCAUAGACCGGCGGACGCAUCGCGCCGUUUCAGAGCUCAUGUAGCUUCGCGAAUGAUACGCGCAGACAUGGCGAGACGAACAUGUGCAUCCCACAUGCAAGCGCACAUGUUUGUUCGGUGAAACGUUACGGCGGUGUAAAAAGCAGCAAGUCUAUCCAAUCCAUUCUUGCUCGCCUACAAAACCUGUUUCUAGGUUUUUUUUCGAGCUACAGAUGGAGUUUCGCACGCAUGCGGCCUAAGUUUUCCGACUCCCCCUCUUCGCAGCAACUGGGCCGAGAAGCAAGAGUGCUACCCAGCCAGUAUUCACAUGUACUCGAGACGUGGAAUCUCCCGAGGAUUUCCCACAACCGCGCGGGAGGCGGUCGGGACCGUUUCCACUUCUGAUAGCAAUAAGAUUGGGCGGAAGAGAAAAAAAGCGUUGUCUCAUCUCCCUGGGUUUUUUUUACUCUUCGUCCCAUGCAAAGUGCGCUAAUUACCACCACGUUUUUUUGCCUGGAGAUUUACUCGAUCGAGUCAAGUACUGGUUGGCUGCCGGCCGGGACAGGCCAAAGUGGAGAUGGUGUUCUCUAGGCGGUGGGGAGCGAAACAAACGCGGAAGAAAAAAGAAAACAAUUUUCUUAUUUUUCAUGCAU